AUGCGUAACAUGGAGAGGUAUCAAUACCGCCUGUUCAACUCCAGCACCACCUUCCAGUUCGGCCCCUUGGAGCGGCUAUGGGUGCUGGUGUUCGUCGACAUGCUCGCCGUGGGCCUGGUCAUUCCACUACUUCCCUACUACGCCUCCAACCUCGGUGCCGACGCCGUGACGUACGGCUACUUGGGAUCCAUCUACGGCAUCUCCCAGCUCAUCGGCAGCCCACUAAUGGGCAGCCUAAGCGACAGGUAUGGCCGAGUCAACACGCUCAUCGUAUCGUUCUUGGCCUCGGUGGUGAGCUACGCGAUGAUGGGCAUGGCGGGAUCGCUCGCGAUGCUCUUCCUCAGCCGCAUCCCCGUGGGCGUUCUCAAGCAGACGAUGUCCAUCAGCUACGCCUAUGUCUCCGACGUGACCGACUCCACCUCGCGAGCCAAGUAUCUUGGCUUCCUGGGUGUGGCGGUGGGCGUGGGAUUCAUCAUCGGGCCGGCCUUGGGAGGAGUGCUGAGCGAGGUCAGCUACACGUUGCCGGCCCUUGUGGCGUCGGCUAUGUUUGUGUUCGAUUCCGUGUUCGCCUAUCUGUUCCUCCCCGACGGUUCGACGAUUAUGCUCGACGAAGAGAAGGAGAGGGAGAGCGGCGACGAGGGCUUGGAGGGGGAGAUCGACGUGGAAAAGGCCAAGGAGAGCCAAAGCGAGGACGAGGUCGUCCUACCUGCGCAAGCGAAGGCCCGGCAACAGUGGGACAUCAGAGCCUACCUCAACUGGGUGCUGUGCGUGUUCAAGGACACUUCAGUUCUCUUCCUCAUCGCCACCAGCUUCGCAGCCACACUGGCCUUCACCACCUACCGAGUCACGUUCCCCAUGAUCAGCCAAGUGCGAUUCGACCUCGAUGCCAGGGCCAACGGCUUCCUCCUCUCCUACAUGGGCCUUCUCUCGGUCUUUGUGCAGGGAUCGGCAGUGGGGUACCUCACCAAGCGAUUCAGCGAGGGGAGACUUGUACAGCUCGCGUCGUUUGGUCUCGGCGUCUCCCUGUGUGCCUGCGCGCUGGCCUUCAACCUGCCCAUGCUGGCCGUCGCACUGAUCCCUCUCGUGGUCUGCAAUGGCGUGCUCUCCACGUGCAUUCUCAGCACCGUUACGAAGAAAGUGCCCAAAGCCGACUUGGGAGGCGUGAUCGGCCUCUUGGGCUCUGUGCAGAGCCUGUGCUCGGCAGUUAGCCCGAGCCUGGGCGGACUGCUCCUCAAACAUGGUGGAGCGGAAGGACCCGGAUUGUACAGCGGUCUCUGCCUGAUGCUCAUCUUCUUCUGCAUGUUUGCCCGCAACUAUAGCGUCGGCAGCGGCGAGCGAGAGUUGCCCGUCUUCAAACACCACCUCAGCGACAAGGGCGAAUAUGCGCCUGGCGAUUGGCCACGAAAGGGCGCGGAAGGUGAGGUAAAGGACUGCUGA